AUGGAGAGAAACGACCGCAAACCGAACGCUCGUAGCCAUUCAAUAUCUAUUGAUCGUGAUUCCAAAUUUUUAUUGCGAAAAGUGCUACUGGAUUUUAUGAUACUUUUUAUUGUUGGAUUUCUAAUUUUGGUGUUCUAUCUAUGGGGUACACCAUACGAGCGGGGGUUCUUCUGUGACGAUGAAUCUCUCAAACACCCAUACAAAGAAUCUACAGUCACUAACGUCAUGCUGUAUAUUGUUGGCAUCGGUCUUCCUGUGCUUACGAUGUGCCUCACCGAGUGGAUCAGGCUCCGGGACUACAGAGGGGGAAGAUCACGCGUCAUACUUGGCAAGGAGAUACCAGCCUGGGUUUGGGAGGCGUAUCGUGUGAUCGGUGUGUUCCUCUUUGGGUGCGCCUGCCAGCAACUGACCACCGAUGUCGCCAAGUAUACUAUAGGAAGGCUGAGACCGCAUUUCUUUACCGUAUGCAAGCCGGAUAUUGACUGCAGGUUACCGGAAAAUAAGUGGCGGUACAUAACAAACUUCACCUGCCUCGGUACUGACGAUAAAUUGAAAAAAGAGAUGCGUUUGUCUUUCCCGAGUGGCCAUUCGUCGUUUUCGGCGUAUACUAUGAUUUAUUUUGCGUUGUACCUCCACAAGAGAUUCUCGUGGCGAGGCUCCAAGCUUCUACGACAUGGCAUACAGUUUGUACUGAUAAUCAUGGCGUGGUACACCGUCUUGACGCGAGUGUCUGAUUACAAACACCAUUGGAGCGAUGUUUUCGCCGGUUUCUCCAUUGGACUGCUUUAUGCUAUCAUUGUGUUCACAUUUGUAUCUGAUCUUCGUAAAUCCCCGCGUCGCCAAACCUCGAACCACGACAAUGAACUGACAACAAACGGCAACUCCCGGUCGGCUGGUUGGGGGGUU